UGUGAGUGUGUGUGUGUGGUGUGUGUGUGAGUGUGCGUGUGUGUGUGUGCGUGCGUGCGUGCGUGCGUGUGUGUGUGUGCGUGAGUGUGUGUGUGUGCGUGCGUGCGUGUGAGUGUGUGUGUGUGCGCGCGUGCGUGCGUGAGUGCGUGCGAGUGUGUGUGUGUGGGAGUGUGUGUGCGUGUGUGCGUACGUGAGUGUAUAAUAGUCCAAAUAGACUACAGUACAUGGACUGGAACAGACUGUGCUUUAAGCUAUAGGAGUCAGACCGACAGAUGGACAGAACUGAAAGUGCUCCUCAGUGAUGGUUCAGAGGGAGAACAGAUAGCGCUCCAGAUCACCGUGAGGUCCUGGGGUUCCUCUGGCUGUGUCACAAAUUCAGCAUUAGUACAUUGAACCUGGUGCUGCUCCUUACUACACUGAGGGAACAGAAGGGAUAACUGUUUAGUGUUUGAUGCUACAUGGCAACCAUGUGGAGCAACAGCAGUGGUCUUUUGGACACAGCCUUCAGCACAACAGAAUACGAUUACAGCAUUUUUAAUACUCCUGAAAUAUGUGAUUACGGAGCCCAUGCAAGUCGUUUUCUCCCGGUUCUCUACUCGCUGUUCUUCGUGGUCGGCUUCCUGGGCAACAUGCUGGUGUUGUGGGUGAUCCUGAGAGGAGCUCAGAUGAAAAGCAUGACUGAUGUUUCUCUCCUGAACCUGGCCAUCGCUGACCUUCUUCUCAUCUUCACUCUCCCCUUCAUGGCUCACUAUGCCAGAGAUACCUGGGUCUUUGGUAAUGUCAUGUGCUGGCUGGUCCUCUGUGUGUACUACAUCGGAUUUUACGCAGGAAUUUUCUUUAUCGUGUUGAUGAGCAUCGACAGAUACUUGGCUAUCGUCCAUUCAGUGUGUGCCUUGAGAAUCCGCACAAAGGCUUAUGGGAUUGUAGCUAGUGUUGUCAUCUGGAUUCUAGCCAUUAUAGCAUCAUUUCCUGAGCUACUGUACCUUGGAGUCCAAACUUACGGGGCUGAAUUACUGUGCAACGCUUAUCCGAAAAAUGAAAGUCUCAAUCAGAUGAGAAUUGCAGCUUUCUUUAAAAUGAACAUUUUAGGUCUAUUAAUUCCACUGGUUAUUGUGGGAUUUUGCUACUCAAUGGUGCUCUGGAGGCUUCGAACCCUACGUACUUCAAAGAAACUGGCGGUUCGUCUUGUUGUUGUGGUUAUGGUCGUCUUCUUCUGCUGCUGGAUGCCAUACAACAUUGCAGCGUUACUCAAAGCACUCGAACUGAAGAAAAUCCUUAUUCCAGGGUGUGAACUCAGCCAAAGGAUCCAGAUGAUGUUGCAAGUCACUGAAGCAAUUGCAUAUUUUCACAGUUGCCUCAAUCCUUUCCUCUAUGUGUUUGUGGGGGAAAAGUUCAGGAGGCAACUCGCCAAACUCCUCCACCAGACACCAUGUGUCCAAGUGUGGUGUGUGAGGAGCUACAUGACCCGGGCCACAUCCUCUGUGAAUUCACAGAGUGCUAGUGUUGGCGUCUGAAUGGGCUUUUUUUUUUUAUACUGUGUAUAUAAAUUACUGAAAGGUUAUAUAAAUAUCCCUGCUUUUAGCUAAAGAUUAGCACAUCAUACUCAUAUUUUAAUCUUUUGUACAUUGCUGUUCAUGAAAUUGCCGAAAACAAUUUGGAAAUUGAAUUGACAUUGAGGGGGUCACGGUGGCUUAGUGUUUAGCACGUUCGCCUCACACCUCCAGGGUUGGGGGUUCGAUUCCCACCUCCGCCUUGUGUGUGUGUGGAGUUUGCAUGUUCUCCCCGUGCCUCGGGGGUUUCCUCCGGGUACUCCGGUUUCCUCCCCCGGUCCAAAGACAUGGAUGGUAGGUUGAUUGGCAUCUCUGGAAAAUUGUCCCUAGUGUGUGAUUGUGUGAGUGAAUGAGUGUGUGUGUGUGUGUGUGUGCCCUGCGAUGGGUUGGCACUCCGUCCAGGGUGUAUCCUGUCUUGAUCCCCGAUGAUGCCUGAGAUAGACACAGGCUCCUCGUGACCCGAGGUAGUUCAGAUAAGCGGUAGAAGAUGAGUGAGUGAGAGAGAGAGUGGUUAUGAUGUGCCAUCUAUUACACCUAUCUAUAUGUGUAUGGUUGUGGACCUGAUAUUAUUCAAGUCAGCAUGAUCUCAAACUCAGGAAUGAAGUAUGAACAAAGAUCUCAUAGGGAUUUCAUGAAAGCCAUAAACCACAAGCACAAUUCCUUUGCCCACACUUUUAUACAUAGCUCAUGUGAAUUUCCCUAAAUGUUACUCAAACUUCAUGUGUUGUUGGAAUGUCUUUUUUUUAUAUAUAUAUAUAAGUGUUGAAUGUGGAAAAUUAAAACAAUAAGCAAACAUACAUGGUAUGUUGAUUUAUUUAAAUUGAUUUAUUUAAAUUGAUUUAUUUAAAUUGAUGUAUUUGUUGAAGUUUUCUUUAUACUAUACUACACUAUGUUGUAUUUUCAUGUUCGUUGAUACACAUUUUUUUGUAAUAAUGCAUGUUUCUACAUUAUUUAUAUAAUGGCACAGUCUUCUAUUUGAUUUCUGUUGUAACUUGUAUUAAAUUCGAUUCUGUAUUUCUAUAAUAAUGAACCUAUAAUAAUAAA